AUGACGUCAAUCUAUUGUUAGCAAGAAAACACUGAAAUUGUCUGUCACAAAAGUACGCUUUCCAAAGUGGAAAUAUUCAGCGAAUUUGCAUCACGUGAUGAAAAUGCACCAAUAACUAGAAACAUCGAGAAUAUCUUCUAGAAUUUAUUUAUGUUCUGACGUGUAGCUUUUUACUUGGUGAUACGUUAUUAUUCCAGAAUUUCCUUGAAUGUUGUAAGUGUAGUAAAAACAGCGAAGAAAUACAGACGUUAAGUUGAUCAUUGAUCGAAUUGUAUCGUCCCAUAUCAAGUGAUAAGUGAUUUGGUGUUUUGUUCAGUGAAUUUGAAGUUACGACAAAAUCACAAAAUGACGCCUUCAGUACAAUCUUUUCUGAAUUCCUUCAAUAACAAGUUGGAACCACCUGUAAGACAACAUCUAAAAAAUGUCUAUGCUUGUCUUGCCAUGUCUACAAUUGCAGCUGCAAUUGGGGCUUCAUUGCAUAUUUACACUGAUAUUUUACAAGCUGGAUUCUUAUCAGCUAUUGGUGGACUAAUAUUUUUUGUUUUACUUAUGACAACAUCCGAUAAUGGAGGAAAGGAUAUGCACUGGAGAGUUGGUUAUCUUAUGGGUUUCACAUCACUCACAGGUGUAGGAAUGGGUCCACUCUUAGAACAUGUGAUAAUUGUAGAUCCCAGGAUAAUUGUAACAGCGCUAAUUGGAACUAGUGUAGUAUUUGUUUCCUUUACAAUGUGUGCCUUGCUGGCUGAAAGAGGAAAAUGGCUGUAUUUGGGGGGACCUCUCAUGACAGCAAUGUCAACUUUAGUUAUUCUCUCUUUUGCCAAUUUGUUUUUCGGAUCUUUUAUGGUGUUCCAAGCACAAUUGUAUUUGGGUCUUUUUGCUAUGUGCGGAUUUGUUCUUUAUGACACUCAAAUCAUAAUUGAAAAAUUUAGAUUAGGAAACAAGGAUUUCGUGGCACACUCUUUGGAUCUUUUCAUUGAUUUUAUUGGAAUCUUCAGAAGACUGCUCAUCAUCUUAACCCAGAAGGAACAGGCAUCUGAGAAGAAGCGCAGACAAUGAUGAAAAAACUUAUUAUUGAUGUAAAAACACUGUCUCUUGAUGUAACUUCUGUUCCAAUACAGUCAUUUUUUUCUACACCAUUUUUCAUUGAACAACUAUGGUAUUCAUUUGUAGAUAUUUGUUAUUAAAAUUGAGAUUUUAGGUGAAAGACUGAUUUGAUGAAAUGUCUAUGGGAUGUGGAGAAAAAGAGAAAAUUUUUUUCAAAUGUGAACUUUCAAAGGAAUGUCUUUUAAUGUUGAGAGCUUAGUUAGUUGUUGAAUAAAAUAUUUCUUUUUGUA